AAGGCAGCCAUCCAAAAAUCGGCCUAAUGAAAAUGCUGUAUCUCACUGCACUAUUCCCACAGCAUGCCACUGACGAACGAGGGGCAUGGCAUCAGCGGCUUUCUGAAACAAAAGAGCUCUGCACAAGAUGUAAACCAAGGACCCUGGAAUCAGCAUCACACACAGCACAAGCUCUGUUCCCUUCUUACAUCGCAAAGUCAUAAGAUGGACCAUGGAUCCUGGCUUGGUUGUUGGCAUGAGAUGAUAUGUUCUCAGCCAUGAUGGUUGGAAUUCAUCUUCCUUAACCCCUACCAUCUAAAAGUUAGAUGAGGUUAACGUACAGUCUAAAGUACAGUAGCUGGUUCUUUCUUCACUUCAUGAGAAGACCCUGUCUCUAGUACUAGUGAAAGAGUAACCAUAUGCCUACAACAUUUUUCCUGUGUCCCAGACGUUAAGUAUUGGUUAUGAUCUCAUUCCCAGGAACCAUGGAAGUACAAGAAGUGGUAGGACUUUGUACAUGAGUAUGAACAAGUAGAAUCAGACCCUUAUUCUUCCCGAGGAAAGUUCAACUUGAAAUUUGGCUCCGAGGCAUCAGGAAUGGUUUAUCUGCUGCUGGUACUUGUCUCAUCCUGUAGAAUAAACUGACAUUGAAAUGCUUUGAGUGCGUGAUUGUCAGCAUAUCCCUCUUGUUAUGGCUUGAAGACUUAACCUUAGAAAUUAAUUUCCUUUCAAGUUGAAAGAUUCUUGAGAACAAUGUGUUUAAAACAGAGAAAAGAGCUUGUAAGGACGAUUUAGCCACUUUGUGGCAGUAUUUUAGAAGCCUUUGGAGGCACUUUGCACAACCCCCCUUUUCAUUCACAGAGGAGAAAGACUGCUGUCGUGACAGUAUCACUCUGCGGUCCUUCAUUUUGCAACAGCAGCCUGAUCUACUCAACAGAUAACAAUUUUCAGAAGAGCUUUUUGUAAUGUACAGAUGCUUAUGUACAGGAACCACCACCAGUGGAGGAUAAGCCUUACAAGAAGCAGUGCAAGUGCAGCAGUGACCCAACCUGAGCUGGCUUUGGUGCCCAAUAACUCCACACAACACACCACCUCUCCUGUCCUGAGUGACCACCAUAACAGGUAGAACCCAGGUCAUGGACUAAUGAAGUCAAUGGACAUUUCAUGGACAUUUUAUGGACAUUUUACAGGCGUGGUCCUGUAGACUAAGGGAAUUAUAUCUGUGUAUAUAUCAAAGGAUGGGAAGGGGGAAAGCGGCUAAUGAGGAUCUAUUGGAUAGUGUGGGACCUGAGCAUGAUGUAAAUGGUAUGGAAUAAGGUGUGGAGAUUGUACUGGUUUUGGCUGGGAUAGAGUUAAUUUUCUUCAUAGUGGCUUGUAUGGUGCUAUGUUUUGGAUUUGUGAUUAAAACAGUGUUGAUAAAACACUGAUGUUCUGCUUCCCAGUGUGAUACAGGGGACCCCUGCACCUUGAUGGAGGAGGAAGGAUGAGCACUCUCACUGUUGGCUGGUCGCUCCCUGCCCCGAACAGCUCUGAAGCCCCAGCUGGAGCCUCGGUGCCUGUGCUGGACCAGAAGGAGUCUCACCCUCUCGAUUCCAGCUGAAAUUUGGUAUUUAAAUAGGGGUAAGGCAGUUUUAAUGCUUUUGGCCCAAGCUGCUUUGUACCAAGAUGUCCAGGAUGGGGCAAAACUGAAGAGCUUAGAUCCAGGUCCAGGAAAAGGAGAAUGAAAAUGAGGUGUGGGAGCUGCACGUUUCUGCCCCAAACCAAAUGCAAAUGGCAAGAACUUCUGAAGUGGAAUGGAUGGGGAUAUAAUGACUCCAAAUUCAUCUUCAAUAAGAAGGGUCAAGCAGAAUUCACAGGAAAAAGGUACAGAUUAGGUGGUAUGGUAUUACCAACUUUUAAGGAAUGGAUAGAAAAAACCUUUGGAGCAAGUCUGGAGCACAAAACUACCUCUAGAGCAUCCUUAAAUGUUAAUGAUGUACCUCCAUCCAUUGUAAAUGAAGAAUUUCUUCAGGAUCUUAGAGCCACUAAAAUAUCAUAUUCGCAGGAUGCAGAAGAUAGGGUAUUCAGAGCUCAUGGUCACUGCCUACAUGAGAUAUUUGUACUCAGGGAAGGAAUGUUUAAGCGAAUUCCUGAUAUAGUUGUAUGGCCUGUUUGCCAUGAAGACGUAGUUAAAAUUGUGGAAUUAGCCUGCAAGCACAAUCUCUGCAUAAUACCAUUUGGUGGAGGGACAAGUGUCUCUAGUGCCCUUGAAUGUCCCGAAGAAGAAAAAAGAACAAUUGUCUCCCUGGAUACAUCACAAAUGAAUCGGAUUCUCUGGAUAGAUGAGAAAAACUUAACAGCUUGUGUGGAAGCUGGCAUUGUUGGACAAGAUCUGGAAAAGCAGCUUGCUGAAAGUGGCUUCUGUACAGGCCAUGAACCAGAUUCCAUGGAGUUCAGUUCACUAGGAGGAUGGGUAGCAACACGAGCAUCAGGCAUGAAAAAAAACAUCUAUGGAAACAUUGAAGAUCUGGUGAUUCAUAUAAAAAUGGUAACUCCAAGAGGAAUAGUAGAAAAAAACUGUCAAGUACCUCGCAUGUCAACAGGACCUGAUAUCCAUCACUUCAUUAUGGGAUCCGAAGGAACUCUUGGAGUGGUUACUGAAGUUACGAUAAAGAUUCGCCCAGUCCCUGAAUACCAGAAGUAUGGCUCUGUGGUCUUCCCCAAUUUUGAGCGAGGGGUGGCCUGCUUAAGGGAAGUGGCAAAGCAGAGAUGUGCUCCUGCAUCAAUUCGCCUUGUUGACAAUGCGCAGUUUCAGUUUGGUCAUGCUCUUAAACCACAAGUUGCUUCCAUUUUUACAUCAUUUUUGGAUGGACUGAAGAAGUUCUACAUCACAAAGUUUAAAGGAUUUGAUCCCAACAUACUGUGUGUGGCUACCUUGCUCUUUGAGGGUGAUAGAGAGAAGGUUCUUCAGCAUGAAAAGCAAGUCUAUGAUAUUGCCACCAAGUUUGGUGGCUUGGCAGCAGGAGAAGAUAAUGGACAGAGAGGAUAUAUGCUGACAUUUGUCAUCGCUUACAUUCGGGACCUGGGCCUGGAUUACUAUGUAAUAGGAGAAUCAUUUGAGACGUCUGUUCCUUGGGAUAGGGUUUUGGACCUUUGUAGGAAUGUAAAGGAAAGGAUAGUAAGAGAAUGCAAAGAAAAGGGUGUUCAGUUUGCUCCUCUUUCCACCUGCAGGGUGACACAGACUUAUGAUGCAGGUGCAUGUGUCUACUUCUACUUUGCCUUUAACUACAGAGGAAUUAGUGAUCCUAUUCAUGUCUAUGAACAAAUUGAGAGGGCUGCUAGAGAAGAAAUACUUGCCAAUGGAGGAAGUCUGUCACAUCACCAUGGAGUAGGCAAAUUGCGGAAGCGCUGGAUGAAGGAGAGCAUCUCUGAUGUUGGCCUGGGAAUGCUGAGAUCUGUUAAAGAAUAUGUGGACCCCAAUAACAUCUUUGGAAACAAAAAUCUUUUAUAAAGCCCUGCACAACAUGAUGUACUAAAACUUCUUCAAAAUUACUGUUGAAACUCCUCCACUUUCAUUGUAUUGAUAUCCCAGUAAUCAAAUAUAACAUAGACUAAACUUUAAAAACUAGUAACUUACAUUGGUUUUUGCCAUCCCCUUCCCUGUCCCCCAAAUAAAGUGUAAACAUCACUGUUAGUGUUUAUGGAUUCUUACUUACAAUUCUCUUAAACUCUUAAACAACCCACUGGGCACAAAGUGUAUUACCAACUGGGAAAUGCAAAUUUGGGUUUCCAGGUUCGGUUAGGCAACACAGCUGACAGUAUUUUCAAUGCUGGAUACUGCCAGAUGUUUUUUACUAAAGCAUUCCCUGCAAGGAGAACAAAGACUGACAACAAUGUUUUCUACAGAAGCAGCUGCUCAACCCAGCCUCUUGCUAAAGGAAAGCUGCGAAGAGGCAGAUGAGAACACCGAGGAGUACUUCACUGUACUGAAGGAUUAAGUAUGUAACAGACUCGUAACCAGUAAAUACUUAAAGUACAAAUGUAGGCUUUGGUCAGGAGACAAUGGCAGUCAAACUACUUCUGAUAACUCAGUAGUCUCCCACUGUAGUACUAUUGGAAAAUCUUACAUGAUUGAGCUGUUCUGAGUUGUAUUUGCAUUGCUGGGAUAAUCUUAAAUUAAUUGUAGGUCAGUCACUAUAAGUUUUGUACAAUGGACAUUUCUCACUGUAUGUUGAAAACAAGUUUGUAACAAAACUUUGUGUUCAUCUGUACUUCAGUCCCAGUGUGUAUGGGUUUUGCUCCUGUUUUGCAGAGAUGCAAAGUAUCUUUUUCAGUAAAAAAAAAAAGUUUUGGCUAUUCAAAUGAAACUGCCCAGCACUGUCUUUUGAAACAGUCUCAACAGUUUAAUAAAACACUUAAGUGGACAACAUACUGUGUCAUCCUGAAAGUGAGAUUUCCCAUUUUAGUUUUGUACAGUUUCCUAUGGCCUUUAUGAAUCAUUUACUUCACUAGCAGCCACAAUUUUAAUUGUCCAUUGAACUUUAAGGAAAUGAAAUAUUUUCUUGAUCAGUAUCAGAGUAAGCAUUUUUACAUUGAAACUUGAAUUGUAGUCAGUAAAACAAACUAGAAGUAUUUGUCAAUACUCAUGAUCCAUUUUUAAGGUGGGUUCUUUUCUUAAAGCAAAUUAUCCAACUUUUUGAUAAUUAAUGUAUAUGAUUGCAUAGGAUAGAAAAAAUACAGACUAUCCUUUGAGGACGCUCUCUAGCCAACUGCUUCACAGCUCUGUAGUGUCAGUUUGGACACCUUUUGUAUUGGUAGUCCCCUUAAUGAGGAGAAAAAGAUAAAAUUACUUUGUUAUUAAACUAUUUUAGAAUACUAAUUAGCUCUCAGUUUUGGUAAUAUACCAAAAAGAGUAUAAAAUGCUUGAAAAAUACUGCAUAUCAGGCAACUUUGAACUUGUUUAAAGAUUAAUUUCAAUUCAAUAAUUGAUCAAAAAACAUGAACACUCAAAACAUCACUUUAAAAUGCAUGCUGUCAAGGUACUUAAGGAAAACUUUUUAUGAUCUGCAGGUCAUAAAACAGAAUGUUAAUGUGAUACUUGCAAUGCAGCUAAAUUUAUUUUGAAUGGUCUUUGUUUCACAAAAUUUCAACAUAAAAAUCUACUCUCUUGUGUUUUUGUUUUUGGCCCCCAGAGUUCAUAUUUCAGCAGCAACCAAAACAAUAGGUGUAGUCUGUUUUAGGAAACUUGAGUCUUCACACUGUGGUUAAGUGUUCCUUAAGUACACAAUGGUGUCUCAGUAAAGUGAAUCUGUACAUGUUUAUACAGGGGACUUUCUCAUCUCACAUGCUGCGUGAUGGUGACUACAUGGCCACAGCUGGCAUCUUGCUGAUGAUUUGUAUCACUCUGAAAUAGGGACCUUUCUAGGAGUUGGUAAAUAUGAAGGGUGUUCAUGUGCCUCAGUGAAAGUAUGUCUAACUGUGAAGAAUCAAUUUUGAAGGAAGGUAUGUGCAGCCUUUUUGUAGAAUGACAGCAGGAACAGAACUAAAACAAGUAGUCAUUACAGCUCAGUAAUACCUGAGGUGGUGACUUAAAGUACAACACAGCUCUACAACAUCCUUCCCAGUUCUUAGUUUUCUGACUAUGGUUUCCUCAUCCCUUUUUUUGUAUUGAAAUUACACAGGCAAGAAUUCCUUAUACUCUCUAUUUCUAGCCUUUAAAUAGCCACUGGCUUCUGAAGUGAUUUGAAAUGCAGUAAAGAUUUUUACUGCAUGUCAGUUGUCCUAUGGGAAGGUGAAAUAACAGGCUAUAAGGGUCCCAAAGCAAUGUCACUGGAUAGCUCUGAGGAAAAGAUUAACUACAACUGUAAUGGAUAUUUUUUCCUAAUGGCCACCCUGUUGCUGUCUUCCUAAAUAUUUUUCUAUCUUACGGACUGGUCAGAGCUUGGUGAAACUGCCAUUGAAACACAUGUAUUACUGACUGUCUUUAAUUUCACAUUUAAUUUCCUAAUGAAAAUAGAGAAGAGUGUAAUGCAAGUUCAGGAGACCUAGAUACAUGCAGGUCAUUACCCAUUUAAAGGAAAUCUUCCCUUCUCUGAUACUGAAGUCUUCUACCGCUCUUCCUUCUGUAUUCUCUACUUUCUUUCGAGAGACUUACCAUAGCUGCAGCCUGUUCAGAGAUGGAGUUUGAUCCAUGCAGAUCAGAAGUGUAUCUUGGCAUAACACAUUAUUCUUUCAUUUGAUUGACUGUUUUGGCCGUAUGUAAGUUACAAGCAGUUUUAAUUAAGCUUGUCGUGACUUCCAGUUACACAGCUUCUGCUCUCUUUGAAGGAGGAAAGGUGCAGAGUGAGUAUGGCUUGACUGUGAAAUGUAUUUACACUAAAGAGCCUUCUAUAAAAGUUUUGAGGGGAAAGAAGAAAAUAUGUUAGAAAUUGAUCCAGGGUCUAAAUCUUACAGUCGAAGAAAAACAUGUCUCUUCUUGACUUACAGUAUAUGGGUUGAGUUAGAGAUGUCAUCUUUGCCUUACAGCUGUGAACAAAGGCCAGGCCAAAUAGUUCUUCCGUAGCAGUGUUAAUUAACUGAAACCAAUUUCAAAGGCAGGGAUACAAUAGCACUGAAUUCCAGAAAACACAAAUUGCUUCUCAGUCUUGGAAAUGUGUGUUUAUCAAGGUUGUAAUUUAACUUCCUGCAAAUAAAGCCAAACGGUGUUUGUCAUUUUAGUGUGAGAUUAACUGUAAAACUUCAGUUGUAAUGUUAAGAGAUUAUAGAACCUUAUAUUAUUAAUAAAAAGAAAAUGGGCCUAAA